AACAACACCGGGUAGCCUGUAAGCCACCUCCCUGCAAGAGUGCGCCCGGGCGUCGCGCACGCGCACGCACUCGCGCACGCCGGACCCUUCCUCUGGGCGCCUGGAGUCGGCGGCGCGCGCACGGCAAAUGGAGUGGGUGCUAACGGAAGCGCUUCUCUCGCAAAGCCGGGACCCUCGGGGCCUGCUUGAGACGCUGUGCCGCGGGGAGGCGUCCGCGGAGCGCGUGGAGACGCUGCGCUUUCUUCUGCAGCGGCUCGAAGACGAGGAGGCGCGCGGCGGCGGCGGGGGCGCGCUCCCGGAAGCGGCGCGCGAGGUCGCCACCAGCUAUUUGGUGCCGCUGCUGCGGGGCCUGCGCGGCCGCCCCGCUGGCGCCCCCGACUCCGGGCAGCCGGCCACCCGCAGCCCGCGCGUGCUGAGGGCGGCGGGCGCGGCCUUGUGCUCGUGCGUCCGCCUCGCCAGGGGCUCGCAGCUGGCCGCCGCUCUGGCUGAGGAGGCGCUUCGCGACCUGCUCGCCGUGCGGCCCGCGCCCGGUCUCGCGGGGGCCGUGGAGGUGCUGGCGGCCGUCGGGCCCUGUCUGCGGCUCCGCGAGGACGGGCCGCUGCUGGAUCGGGUGGCGCAGGCCGCCGUCGCCCUGGCGCUGGGCGGGGACGCGGCCGGGCCGGCGGAGGACGCGGCGGCGCUGGUGGCCGGGCGGCUGCUGCCGGCGCUGGGCCAAUGCGGUGGGGCGGCCCUGCGGGCCGUGUGGGGUGGCCUAGUGGCGUCAGAGACGCCCUCGGGGCCCGGCCGCAUCGGGCCAAGGCUUCUGGUGCUGAGCGCCCUAGCCGAGAAGUUGCUGCCCGUGCCGGGCGUGCGCGGGGCGUGCCCGGACGCGCGGCGCUGCUGGCGCUUCUGGAGGACGGUGCAGACGGGGCUGGCCCAGGCCGAGGACGCGCUGGCGCGCAAGCAGGCGCGCCACCUGCUGCAGAGAGCGGUGGAGGUGUCAGCGGAGCUGGGGGCCGACUGCGCUUGCGGCCCGCCGGAGGGAAAUGGCCCAAGUCUGUUUUGGUGGUCUGAGAAGAAAAAAGAUGAGCUUCUAAAAUUUUGGGAAAACUAUCUUUUAAUUAUGGAAACUCUAGAAGGAAAUCAGAUACAUGUUAUAAAGCCAGUUUUACCAAAGCUAAACAAUCUGUUUGAAUAUGCAGUGUCAGAGGAAAAUGGAUGUUGGCUCUUUCACCCAUCCUGGCAUAUGUGUAUUUAUAAAAGAAUGUUUGAAAGUGAAAAUAAAAUUCUGAACAAAGAAGGUGUGUUUCAUUUUCUGGAGCUGUAUGAAACAAAGGCCCUUCCAUUUUCACCAGAGUUUUCUGAGUUUAUUAUUGGACCAUUAAUGGAUGCACUUUCAGAGAGCUCUCUAUAUAGCAGGUCCCCAGGCCAGCUGAUAGGAAGUGAUUCUCCAUUGGGAUUGAAAUUACAGAAGUUUUUAGUCAGCUAUAUUUCUCUUCUUCCAGAAGAAAUAAAGAAUAGUUUCCUGUUAAGUUUUAUUCAGAAGAUGACAAGUAGACAUUGGUGUGCUGUUCCUAUUUUGUUUCUAUCUAAGGCUUUGGCACAUGUCCCAAGAUGUAAAGCCUUGGAUGUAGAAGGGCUUUUUGCUCUCAGAGAUGUUCUUCAGUCUACUAUGAUCACACAUCAGAUACUACUGAGAGGAGCAGCUCAAUGCUAUCUUCUUCAGACAGCUAUGAACUUGGUAGAUGUGGAGAAAGUGUCAUUUUCUGAAGUCUCAGCUUUUCUCAUGUCUCUGAGACAAGAGGAGUCCUUAGCACGAGGAACUUCGUUGUGGACAGAGCUCUGUGAUUGGUUACAUGUUAAUGAAAGCUGUUUUAGGGGCUCCUCAACUUGUAGCUCCGUUGGACUUCAUGAGACAUCUUCUUUAAAUGCUUAUGUAAAGAACCUAGUUCAGGAGUAUAUUAAGUCACCUACUUGGGAAACAGGAGAAAACUGCUUUAUGCCUGACUGGUUUGAAGCCAAGCUUGUUGCUAUGAUGGUCUUGCUGGCUGUAGAUGUGGAAGGAAUGAAGAUUCAAUAUAAUGAAAAGCGGAGAACACAGAAUGUGUUAAGGAUAUUCUUAGAUCCUCUCCUGGAUGCUCUUAUGAAGUUUGGUACAAAUGCCUACAUUCCCUUGCUGAAAACUGACAGAUGCCUCCAGUUGCUGCUGAAGUUGUUGCACACUUGCUUGUUGAAAGGUUUCAGUACCCAAGAUGAUGAGGUGUUGACUCUUCUUCAGAACUUUUUUAUGUCUACUACAGAGAGCAUUUGUGAAUUUAUUCUCAGAAGACUUACUGUGGAUGAACUAAAUAGUGUUUCAGAUCUAGAUCGUUGCCAUUUAUACCUGAUGAUAUUAACUGAGCUUAUAAAUCUCCAUUUGAAGAUUGGGUGGAAAAGAGGUAACCCCAUUUGGAGAGUUAUUUCUCCUUUGAAAAAUGCAUCCAUUCAGCAUCUUCAGGAGAUGGACAGUGGACAGGAGCCGACACUUCGUACACAAAUUCAGAGAGUCAUGAGUAUGGCUGCUUUGGCCAUGGUGUGCAAGGCCAUUGACCAGAAGCCAGAGCUACAGCUGGAUUCCCCAGAUGCUGGGCCCACAGAAAGGUUCCUCUCCUCUCUCCAGCUCAAUCAGACGCUGCAGAAGCCCCGCGUGGAGGAUCCAAGCAGUUUUUUUGAAGAAUCAUCUUCCCAAGGAUGGGGGAAAAUAGUUGCACAAUAUAUUCAUGAUCAGUGGGUCUGCCUAUCUUUCCUGUUGAAAAAAUAUCACACCCUUAUACCAACCUCAGAGGGUGAAAUUCUGGAACCCAUUCUACCUGCUGUUCACAUGCCAAUGAGGACACUGCAGUCUGCACUAGAGGCCCUCACAAUCCUUCCUUCUGAUCAAGUUUUGCCUGUGUUCCAUUGCAUGAAAAUUUUGGUUCCCAAGCUUCUGACUUCCUGUGAAUCACUCUGCAUAGAGGCUUUUGACAUGGCUUGGAAAAUUCUAUCUACUUUAAGCAACACUCAGCUGAUAUUCUGGUCUAAUUUAAAAGCUUUUGUCCAGUUUGCUUUUGAUACCAAAGUUCUUACCAUUGCUGCAAAAAUCAAGGGCCAGGCAUAUUUCAAAAUAAAAGAGAUUAUGUACAAGAUAAUUGAAAUGUCUGCUAUAAAAACUGGAGUCUUCAAUACACUGAUAAGUUAUUGCUGCAAAUCUUGGAUAGUUUGCACUUCAAAUGUGUCCCAAGGAUCUUUAUCAAGUGCUAAAAAUUAUAGCGAACUUGUCCUUGAGGCUUGUAUAUUUGGAACUGUGUUUAGGCGUGACCAAAGACUCAUUCAGGAUGUACAGACCUUCAUAGAAAAUCUUGGACGUGAUUGUGCAGCAAAUGUUGUUAUUGAAAAAACCAAAAGAGAGGACCAUUAUGUAAGAAUUUGUGCUGUCAAGUUCCUGUGUUUAUUAGAUGGCUCAAAUAUGUCUCAUAAGUUGUUUAUGGAAGAUCUUGCAAUCAAGCUAUUAGAGAAAGAUGAACUGGUGUCCAAGUCUAGAACUCGAUACUAUGUGAACUCUCAGCAACACAGAGUGAAAAACCGAGUAUGGCAGACUCUGCUGGUCCUCUUCCCCAGAUUUGAUCAGAAUUUCUUGAAUAGAAUUGUUGACAAGAUCUUCCAGGCUGGCUUCAUCAAUAAUCAGGCAUCCAUAAAAUAUUUUAUAGAAUGGAUUAUUAUAUUGAUUCUUCAUAAAUUCCCUCAGUUUCUUCCAAAGUUCUGGGAUUGUUUUUCUUAUGGUGAAGAAAACCUUAAAACAAGCAUUUGUACGUUGUUGUCAGUUUUAUCACAUUUGGAAAUCAUAACUCAAAAUACUCCAGAAAAGAAACCAGUUCUGAAGCAAGCCCUUAUUACUGUGCUGAACUGGUGUUUCAAUCACAAUUUUAGUAUCCGACUGUAUGCCUUAGUUGCUCUUAAGAAAAUCUGGAGCAUUUGUAAAAUGCUGCAUGUUGAAGAAUUUGAUGCUUUGACUUCUGUUAUUGAAUCCAGUCUUAAUCAAGUGGAAAACAUGCAUGGAGCAGGGAAUGCCAGGAAGAAUUGGCAACGCAUCCAAGAGCAUUUCUUUUUUGCAACAUUUCACCCACUGAAGGAUUACUGUCUGGAGACCAUAUUUUACAUCCUUCCACGCCUUUCAGGCCUUAUUGAAGAUGAAUGGAUUGCUAUUGAUAAGUUUAUCCAAUUCACUGAUAUCCCUUUAGAUGCAGGAUUUCAGUGGUACCUUUCUCCAACUCAACUUUGUGAACUAAAACCAGGUGACUGGUCUCAGCAGGACAUAGGUUAUAACUCAGGCGAAGCAGAUACCCAGUCAGAGUGGACUGAUGUUCAGAAGAAGAUUAUCCCAUGGAAAAAUAAUGUUCCAGAUUUAGACCUGGAGCUAGUAUUUCAGGAUCGUGCUGCCAAACUUGGAAAAUCAAUUAGUAGACUGAUUGUAGUGGCCUCACUCAUUGAUAAACCAACCAAUUUAGGAGGCCUGUGCCGGACCUGUGAGGUCUUCGGGGCCUCGGGGCUCGUCCUUGGCAAUCUUCAGUGUAUCAGAGACAAACAGUUUCAGCACCUCAGUGUUUCGGCUGAACAGUGGCUUCCAUUAGUGGAGGUAAAACCACCUCACCUAAUUGAUUAUCUGCAAGAGAAAAAAGCAGAAGGUUAUACCAUCAUUGGUGUGGAACAAACUGCCAGAAGUUCAGACCUAACCCAAUUCCGCUUUCCUGAGAAAUCUCUACUCUUGUUGGGAAAUGAGCGUGAAGGAAUUCCAGCAUAUCUGAUCCAGCAAUUAGAUGUUUGUGUGGAAAUUCCUCAGCGGGGUAUCAUCCGCUCGCUUAACGUCCAUGUGAGCGGAGCUCUGCUGAUUUGGGAAUAUACCAGGCAGCAGCUGCUUAACCAUGGGGACAUGGUAUCAUGAAGUCGGUGCCUUAUCUGAAUUAUUGGUGCUACUGAAACAUUUUUUUAAAAUUAUUUGAACUAAUGAAAUAGAUAAUGAAAUUUGCUGGGAUGAUUUGUAUUUUUUUUCUCACAAUGCCAAAACAUUUUCAUGUGCCUUAAAUAUAUUACUCUGCUGUCCCCUUUAAUAAACAUUUUUAACUAUA